AUGGUGGUCGCAAACUGUGUGCUUGUCGGUUGUCAGCAAAGGUUUUCACGGCUUGGGCAAACUGUGUGCUUGAAGGAAGGAGGGAAUAAGCAUUGUUCUUACUUUGAGUGGCUUGAUGGAGAAGAAGUUAAUGGUUGGCCAAAGAGAGCUUUGAUUAAAGCACGAGAUGAAAUUCUUGAGAAAAAGAAACGGAUAAGUGAACUAACUGCCACUGUCAACUUCAUUCGUAUGGAGUCGGAGCAGCAUAAGGUGGAGAAACCAAGUUGUUGUAAAAAAGAUGAAAAGAUAAUGAAUUUGUGUAGUUGUUGA